UUAUGUGGCGCACGCAUGAGCUUUGCCGUUUUUUUUCCAAUCGUGAAUAAGACCGGUACACUUGUCAAGACAUGGCCGCAUCAAAUUAUUCCUUAAAGGUUAAGAGAGAGCUUUUGGAUCCCAAUUUUGAAAGUUACAGAUUAUCUCUGGACCCCAUACCAAUUUACACCGUUGAACUGGACGCUGCUGUGGAAGAAGUAAAGCUGAAGGACAGUCAGUACACCCUGGACCAUGUGCGUGCUUUUGGCAUGUACAAUUACCUGCACUUAGAUCCCUGGUACGAGGACAGUGUUUUCUUUGUAGAUUGCAAAGGACGGAUUCUCAGUCUGACGGUCACUUUGGACACAGCCCUGGGGAAGCCUAAAGAAGUCUACCGUAUGAACCCUGAUGCCAGCCAGUGUGAGGAUCGUCUGUGUGCCUCUCUCAGCUUUACCUCAGCUACCUGGGCAGCCUUCUCCGAUGGCUUCGGCAGACUCUUCCUCCUCCGCACCAGCAAGCGAGGGGAGGGCUCCCAUAUCAAGUGGGAACCGCUGUUCAACGAAGCAAUGGGGGAGCCGUUCACCAUCCUCCACAGCCUCUCCCACGUUCAGGCUGGGGUGCACACCAUGGAGGUCCUGCUCCUUCGAAUCCAGAAGGACUCGGAGGAAACCAAAGGAAGUGGGUACUCUGUGUCUCUUGAGUGGAUCACAGUCUCCAAUACUGCAGGACAGGGCCAGGAGAAGAAGUACGAAGUGAGUAAGAGGAGGGUCCUGAUGGGGAAGUCGGUGCCUCACUACGCAGCAGUGGAGCCGCAGGGCAAGGGCCUGAUGGUGGCCUCAGAGAAACCCUUUGUCCUCACACAUGUGGAUGGUCAACCUGUGGAGCAGCCUGCUAGCGAACCCAUGGAGGUGGAGACAGCAGAUCCCAUUUACUUCUGGCAGCAGACAGCGGAGGAUGUCACGGUAUCUGUGCGUAUGCCAGAGGGCAUCACCAAAGAUGAGGUGCGGUUUAGGUUGACAGCAGAUACUGUGAGCUUGGGGGUACAGGGCUUCGCCGCCUUGCUGAAGGGGAAUUUGCAUGCUCCCGUGGAGCCAGAGGCCAGUGCCUGGAUCAUCAAAGAUGACAAAAGCUUGGAAUUGACCCUUCAGAAGCGCAGUGAGGGGCCCAUGUGGCCUGAGCUGGUAAUGGGGGACAGGAGAGGGGAAUAUGUAGUGAGCGAGGAGCAGGCAGCCCUCAUCCAUGACAGGCUGACCCACCUUACCUCUGAAGACCUGAAUGCUAACAUUGAUAAGGACAAGCCCCCUUGCAACUCCCAGGAACUGGAGGACUGUGAUGGUUUCCCAGAAGACAGUUCCAGCCUCACACACUUUGAUGGAGAAUCACUGAAGCCCACUCAGGUGGUGAACCUGGGUAGCCACCAGUUCCUGUUCACGGUUGACGUGAACCCAUCUGAAAUGCCUUGUCUCUGCCUUCGACACGAUGUGGAUGCCCUGGUGUGGCAGCCCCGGCCGGACCAACCCAGUGACAUGUGGGAGCACGUCGCCACAUUCAACGCCUUGGGCUACGUCCAAGCAUCUAAACGCGACAAAAAGUUCGCGACCUGUGCCCCGAACUUCUCCUACGCAACGCUGGCAGAGUGUCUCCGCCGUGCGUUCAUCUACAGACAGCCGUCUCCCGUCGACACUGUCCUCUUCAACAGAAAACAGGGCCGCCAGGUGGAACAGGUUGCCAAGCAACAGGUGGCGAGCCUGGACUCCAUUGAACCAAUCCUGGGCUUCCGCGCCACCAAUGAGAGACUGUUUAUCCUGACCUCAAACAACCUCUUUGUCCUAAAGGUUAAUAAUAAUUAGAUUUGGUGCUCACUCGGUAUAAGAUUUUAUCUCCUGUGCCCUCCAAAAACUCAACCAUUCCAAACUGAGCAUAUUCACACUCGAACAGCGAAGCAUGAAUGUUGUGCAACUUAUGAAAUUAUCUGUGGGGAAGUUCCGUCAUGAAUUGGGUGUUACCGGUUUUUCUUUAUCCUCUCACUUCCCUGGCUAAUCAGCUGUGUUGCAGCACUGUAACAUGCAUGAACAUGUGUAUCUGAAGUGAGACAAAAUACAAGGAAACCUUAUUGUGAGUGGGGCAAAUUAUGAUGUUUGGGAUUCAUUCAAGCAGAGUUUUCUCAGGAAGUAGACCUUUUUUAUAAAGAAAAAAUAAUGUAAAGCAAAUUCUCAAAUAAAAGCAGUCAUUUAG